AUGGAAGCACUGUACAGAAAUGUUCGUGUGCAAUGUAAUGUAAUUUAAUUGCAAUGUACCUAACAAGUAUAUGAGCAUGUCUGUAUUCUGUCAACAUGUUUGCUGAUUUUAUGAGUCAGAGUGUAACUUCGUGUUAUUUUUUCAUGCUGGUUAAAGAAUGCGGAAGUGCAGUAUGGUGCAUCUUUGAAUGACUUUGACUCGCUAAAGUCCUGGGCUGGUGAAAACUGUGUACCUUUGGUUCGCGUCAUCACAUUUGAAAACGCCGAAGAAUUGACAGAAGAAGGAAUUCCUUUCCUUUUAUUGUUCCAUCAUCCUGAUGACAAGACGAGUGCAGAGCUGUAUAGAAAUACUAUACAAAAUCAUUUUCUUAGCCAUAAAGGUGAGGUAUCUGCUUUUGCCAAGAGCAUCAUCAAUCCUGGGAGAGAUUUGCAAAAUAUAUACACAUGUAAAAAUCUAACAACUUGUCAACAAGAUGUGUUCGCAACAGGCUUGUAGCAAGCUUGUCAACAAGUUGUAACAAUGCUGUUACAAGGUUGUCACUCACAACUUGUUGACAAAUUGUUGAACUGCAGGACAAUAACAAGUUGUUGGAACAACUUGUAACAAGUCUGUUGAGCUCAACAAUCUUGUAGCAAGUUGUCAACGAGCCAUUGACAACUUGUCAACAAGCUGGGAACAAGCAGUGCGAACACAUCCUGUUGACAAGUUGUUGUUACAGCAUUGCUACAAGUCUUGAACACAACAGCAUUGCUACAAGUCUGCUGCAGAUUUGUCACAACUUGUGUGCGUUUUUACGUGUGUAUCUGCCUUUCAGCUGGAAAUUUUGAGCAGAGACCCAUAUUUUUUCAGUCUGCUAUUACACUUAUUAUUGAAAACACUGCAUAUGUUUGAUAGUUGCAUUAGCAGCAUCACAGUUAACUCUAAAAGUUCAUUCUCAAUAUAGGAACCAUCAAUUUCCUUACUGCUGACGGCGUACAGUUCUCACAUCCGCUUCAUCAUCUGGGCAAGUCAGCAAGCGUAAGUCAGUUACAAUACCGUAAACCUCCGACUAUAAGCCCCCCC